CGAAGUCGGCUCGGAGUCGUGUGUGCGGCCGCAGUCACUCGUGGAAUCCUGAGUCGCGUCAGUGCUCGGACGGACGCGAUCGCGCGUGAGUGUGUCGUAUAGCGGUGUCUUGUUUGUUGGUUUCUUCGCCGUGGAAAAACUUCAGUGCGAGCGAAUCGGGACGAGAGAGAAGGAAGUGCGUGUUUCCGGUCCGGUGAUCGAGUACGACGGUGAACAAAGGGACACGCCGAAGAAUCGUGUCUGUCUUGGAGCAUCACUCGAUAAACAAUUUCUGGUGCAAAAUAAUUCAUCGAAUCAUUCGAAAAAAAAAAUAUUCAUCCUUGCACCUGGCAUUUUUCGUCGGCUUCGAAUCUUGAUCGACAACCUGAUCCCUCGAUCGAUUCACGAUAGAUCCUACUCCAGAUCAGAAGUCUGAUAAUCUCUGAACGUUUGUACAACCUUCGUCUACUUGUGGCUUCUACGAACCGUCCAUACGCACGUGUUCGCGCAGCGGAAACACGUCACUGUCAGAUUGUUCGGUGGACGAUAAGACUUCCGUUUUGUCAGACCUGACAGGAGUUCGCGCGAGGGACCAUCCUGCGGAACGAACGGGUCAUUCUUUGUAUCGCGACAGAGCUGAAAUUGGCCAAAAAUCGAGAGAAGCUCGAACGAGGUUACGGUGCGCGGUCACGCGUGUGCGGAAAGUGUAGAUGCUCGAUAAAGCGUUCGUUUCGAUCGCGCGAAGUGAAAACGCGAGGAGGAUGAUAAUUGGCGGCGACCCGGUUAAUUAACGUUGAAAGUUUGAUCGGCGCGGCAUCGAACCCCGACUCCGGUUCUUCUGGUAACUUUGAACUUUGUGUCGGAAGGAAAAGUGUGGAGAAAGUCUGUGAUACACGCUCGAUCUUUCGAGCGCGGGUUCAACGUUUAUCGUGACUUUGAACCGUGCGAGAACGAGCGAAGAAGAAUCAAGGAGAGUCUGUGAUACACGCUCGGUCGUCGAAGCGAGUUCAACGAUCGCUCAUCCGUCCAGAGAUAGAUAAUUCAGCUGUCGGCAAUAUCGAGGCUGUAACCGGCCAAUAGGUCUCGCGUCGAUGAGAUCGAAGCAGCGGGAUACGAGCUGAAAACGCGCGACGGCUCUCGUUGAAGGCUACUUAAAACAACCGUUGAGCACUGGUCGCAGUGCUCGAAUUACCAACAACAGGUGGCUCACAAUUGAAAAUACACGCAGCUCCGUCAAUACGAGCGCAACGUCCGUAACUCCGGGCGGCUUGUGGGAGUGCAGCAAGUGCCUGGACGAAAUGCGGCUGAUGCAGAGGUUAGCGAUCAGCGGACUAUUGUCCGUGAUACUGAUCGUUCUUCUGACCGGCACAUUCGUCACACGUCGCGACCUCGCGAACGUCGUCGAACGUGGUUCAGCGCCCGAGGAGCGCGUCGAGCAAUUGAAUCCCGUUUGGAUGCAAAACAACGUGAUCCCCGGACAGGAUGAGCCGAAAACCGAGGAUAAGGAUCGACGCGUGAACUUCAAACACAGACAGUCUGAACCAUCCGCGGUCGGACCCCCGCCGGUUCCCGUACCCGGCCCCUACCUCAUUAAACCGCCUAAUCCACCUUUGGACGACGUGACUAAUCAGCGUCGCGAGAAGAUCAAAGAGAUGAUGAAACAUGGCUGGGACAAUUACGUGAGAUACGCCUGGGGAAAGAACGAGUUGAGACCGAUCUCAAAGAGAGGUCACAGUGCCAGCAUCUUCGGUGCUUCGAAUAUGGGCGCAACCAUCGUCGAUGGUCUCGACACCCUCUACAUCAUGGGCCUUCACGACGAAUUCAAGCAGGGUCGUGAUUGGAUCGCGGAGAACCUCGACUUCGAUAUCAACUCCGAGAUAUCCCUGUUCGAGACGAACAUUCGUUUCAUGGGAAGCUUGCUGGCCUGUUACGCUCUCACCGGGGACGUGAUGUUCCGGGAUAAGGCGGCUCAGCUUGGCGAACGGAUGCUGCCCGCUUUCCAUACGGAAACCGGAAUUCCUCAUUCCCUCAUCAAUCUCCAUACCGGGGCAAGCAAGAAUUACGGUUGGGCGAGCAGUGGGUGCAGCAUCCUUUCUGAAAUCGGCACGAUGCACCUGGAAUUCACCUACCUCAGUGAUAUCACCGGUAAUCCGGUUUUCAAGAGCAAGGUCGAGAACGUGAGAAAGGUGUUGAAGAACCUGGAAAAACCUAAAGGCCUCUACCCGAAUUACAUUCAUCCGAGAACUGGAAAAUGGGGACAACAUCACAUGUCGCUGGGAGGUCUCGGGGACAGUUUCUACGAGUACCUGCUGAAAGCCUGGAUUCAAUCGGGUAAAGAAGACGUCGAAGCGAGACAAAUGUACGACGAAGCAAUCGCCGCGAUAGAUCAGCACAUGAUCAAGACAUCGCCCGGCAAGCUGCUCUAUGUGUCCGAUCUGAAAUACGACAGGCCGGAACAUAAAAUGGGUCAUCUGGCGUGUUUCGCUGGUGGCAUGUUCGCAUUGGGCGCGAAAACUCUGCAAAAUGAAUUGUCCGAUAGAUAUAUGACGAUAGCCGGGGGUCUGACCAAUACGUGCCACGAAUCCUAUGAUCGAAGUGUCACAAAGCUCGGCCCUGAAGCUUUCCAUUUCAUCGAGGGCAACGAAGCGAAGAGCUUAAAGAAUGGCGAGAAAUAUUAUAUCCUACGGCCAGAGACCUUCGAGUCGUACUUCGUGAUGUGGCGGUUGACAAAGGACCCGAAAUACCGUGAGUGGGGCUGGGAGGCUGUCCAGGCGCUCGAGAAAUACUGUCGUGUUCCUGGAGGCUUCACUGGACUUCACAAUGUUUACAUGAUUGAUCCUCCACAGGACGAUGUUCAACAGAGUUACUUCUUCGCCGAAACUUUGAAGUAUCUUUACCUAUUAUUCAGCGACGACGAUCUCAUAAAUCUAGACGACUGGGUGUUCAACUCCGAGGCUCACGUGCUUCCUAUCAGGGGCAACCCUCUGUACCGGCCAGCCCCUUCUUUAUAAUUGAAAAAAAACCUUCUCACCUCGAAGAAAGCAAGCACCGACGAUACAUCGAAAUCGUUUGCUAACCACAGAACGCCGGAUAAUCCUCCGCUGGACUGAAACGAACGCUUUGUAACUUGAAUAGAAGAACAAUCGAGGACGAACUGAUUAAUUCGACGGUGCACGUGAAAAAAGAAAAAUGAAAAAAUGAUAAAAAUGACAAAAAAAAAAAAAUAGUGAAUACUUAAGUACACGAGGAUCGUAUGGAACCGUGAAUUACAAAAUGAUCAAAGAACAAUGAAAUAGUUAAGGGAAGAAAAGGAGUGCGGAAUUGACGACGUGGAGACUAGCCUUUAAACCACGUGUCGCCGCGGUUAAAUAACAAUUAAAUAAUUAUUUUAGGUAAAAUCGAGAAUAAAUAGGGAAACGGGGAGCGUGGAAAUGUUAAACAAACGUUAUUUAAGCAACAAAUACACAUACAUACAUAGACACGAAUGUACAGGAUGUUCAUGCUGAUAAUACGCACAGUUUUUCAAUUACUUGCAAUAAUACAAUAAUAAGAGAGAUAAUUAACGAAAAUUGAUGAGUGUUGAGUAGCUGCAAUUAGGUAUAUUUUCCAAAUAUCCAUUACACUUGAAUCAACACGCUCAACACAGAUUAUUUUUGGUUUUAUUAUAAUAUUAUUGUAAAUGUCUGAAAAAAUGGACGUAAAGUUAACAUGAACACCUCUGUAUACAGUACGUUUGUAAAUAGGAAAACAAAAAGAAGAAGCGAGUGUGUGAGAAUACCUAUAUAAUAAACAGCGAAAUGGAGAGAACUAGUAAACAAGUACGAAUGUAAGAGAGGACUUCGAUAGAGAGAUGAAGAAACGGAACGAAAAUUGAACCGUUUUGCCUGAGUGCUUCGCCCAUUUCUUUUCUCGUCUGCCACGCAGAAAACCAAUUUUCAAAGAAGAAUCAUCAACGAACGUUUCACUACCAUUUAACGAUAAUCACGACGAUACAUAGCUCGUCAGUGCUUAACCAGUAUCUCUUUCCUUCCAUCCCUCUUCUGUUUGAGUACUUCAUUUUUUUCGAGAAACCUGACAAGCUGAUUUCUAAGGUAAAGAAAUUUUUCUAUCAAAAAAUAUGGAGAAAAAAAUACAUUUAUUUUAUUUUAAGAACAUUGGUCAUGAAUUAUGUAGAAUUAAUUGGUUUUGGGAAUUCGUGUUUUAAUAGGAAAUAAUUUGGUGCAUUAAUGAGAUUUGAAAUUUAUUAAAUUUAUUAAUCUUAUAAAUUACUCAAUAUCAAAUUAUUGAUCAUGUUAUUAAUAAUUUAGAGUGUCGGAAGGUGAAACGUUGAAAAGCAGACCACUAUAAAAUCGAUCGAUCAAAUGAUCCUCGAUUGAACCAUCGCUGCCCACUAUCGAUUUUGUACACUGAGAUGAACCUAUUCUUCGCGGCUUUUUCUAUCUUUUUCUACUUUUGAAUAACUAUAAACCGUGCAUCGAUCAUCUCGGUGACGAAAAGCGUCCAUGGAAAUUCGUUUGAUCCGAUUCCUGUUUGAUACGACGACUUUUUUCUUUUAACGAUCGAAUGGAAUGCAAUCGGGGUCUUUUUUUAACAUUGACUCGUCGUUUAAAAGGUUCGAAAGUACCUUCGAUAUGGAAAGGGUGACUCUCUGAAUGAUUUUAUUCAGCAUUAAAUAAAAGAAAAAAUAAUUUUAAUAUUAUAAUGAUAAUAUUUUUACAUUUUUUUAUCCUUUGAAACUUCUAAUUGGAUACAAAGUUCCAAGUGUAAUUUAAAGAUACGAGCAGAAAGUUCGCAGAAGAAUGAAACGCGUCGCUCGGAUGGGUUACAGUUUAAAAAGUUCCUUUGUUUCUUGAAUUUUAAAGCGAAUCGCGUAUGCCUCCGUAUAACCAGUGGGAUAAACUUCGCGAAAGUUUUAGCCUAAAAAGAAACUUUCCGUGAGAAUUCUUUCGCUUGUUAUACUAUUCUGUAAAGUCACCACCAUUGAAUUCUUAUGAACGCGAUAUUGAAAAAGAAUGAACUGGCAGAGUUUCGCGAGGGACACAAAAUUUUAUAUUCUAUGAGACAAUAAACUUGAUAUCAAAGAUAGUUUGACUGGCAAUAAAACUGAUGAAUUAAUCAACUGGAAAAUAUAUUAUCGGCAAUAAAAAAAAGAAUCGGGUCAGUCAAAAGUAAACGAAUUUUACUUAAACAAAAGUAAACUAUAUUUAUGCGACGACUGUAUAAAGCAAUUACAUUCAUAAACAACUUGAUUAAAAAAAAAAAGUGCGAAGAGGGUUACCCUUUUCGAAAUUCAAUUUUAACGAAUUUUCACGUUCAAUGGUUUCUUCUCUAUCGGGUGUUCAUUGCCGAUGGCGAUUAUUUUAGCCAUUGAGCAUCUCUCGCGAUGCCAGCGGGAACAACGGUGAAACAACAGCUCUGAUCAAGAGUUUCCGGUGCGAAUGAGUUCAUUUCUUUCUUUAUGCGUUGACAGAGACGGAUCCAGAAAUUUUUGCCCCCUUCGUCUUCGGUACACGGAUUUUUGUAUUAUUACACACCGAACCGUAGUAAUAUGAAUUUCUUGGUGUAAUUUAGAUUUCCAUUGGUUAAUUCUUGAACAGCGGAGUCUGGGUCAAUCGAGAUCCCAACUUCCAAAGAUAUUAAAAGAAUUUCAUGUAUCGAAAGAAUAACUUUUAAAGGAACAGUGUAAAACUCAGAAAAUUGGGGGUCUCUCCAUGGUCCUUAUUUUUUAAAUAGGAGAAUAAGAGGGUCUACAUUAAGUUUUUCCAAAAUCAAAAGCAAUUAGUGAAAGGUUUCUCCCUUUACCCUUAUCCUUAGCCAAAGGAAAGCUGCAUUGCACCCGAGUGUACAGAAUCAGAAGUUAUUGAAAAAGCAAUGGAAAACAAAUAUGCAAAAUAUGAAAAAUCUAAUAAAAUUAAGAUACAGCAAAGGCAAUUUUAUUCUCCAACAGAAAUUAAUUUUAAAUUAGACCUCUCUGGAUCCGUCACUGUGUAUCGAGGAGAAUGGCGAGAGACAACGAGCGUGUCUGUGUUAAAGCACAGAAGCAUCGUUUAACAAGAAGGGGAAAGCAAAAGCAGCGAGUCGUAGUUAGCGAGCGAACGUAGCAGCCGAUAAACUGGCGUGUAUAUAAAGAGAUUUAAAAAGGAAGGAGAGAAAAAAAAAGAUAAGAAAGUCAUAUUCUAUACGAGGUACCCAGGCGUAGAAGCAAGAGUUAUAUAGCGAUUCCUCGUGUAAUUGUAUAGGCUUUGCAACGAACGAAGCAAGCGUUAAAGUGUGUGCAUGAGUGAUACUGUAAAUUCUUGAUGGAUGCGUUUUAGCGUGGAGAGGCUGCGUUCGAUUGCUGGAAACGUGAUGGUGCACGAUAUGGAAUCGUGGAAACUGCGUCUCUAGAAAUGUAUUUUUCUUCAAUUACGAGACACGAAGUUCGAACGAUUCCGAUUUUUAUUUUAAAUCACAUCCGACAUACCUGUGUUCCAGUUGUAUCAAUCUGUAUCUUGAUGACAAUUAACUAUUCAUUAUUAAUCAAAGAAAGCUUAAUCGCUGCCAUUGAUACGAUAAUUGUGCAUCGAAGAUGUAAAUCGAUGGUUCUUAAUAAAAAAGGUGGAUAACAUAACAUGGAUUAGACUUGACAGGGUUUAAAAAACAUUCUGUAAUUUGUUGUAACUUUCCCAUAGAUUUUUAAAAUUUAUUCAAUUUGUAAUGAAAAUCGAAAAUUCCAAUCACUGCCUAAAAUUAUAUUAAAUUUGUCAGUUCAAUAUUAAUACUUGAAAUUUAAGAUCUUACAGCAAUAAGUUGAUCAUUUAUCAGUCGAGUCUAUUUGAAAAUACAAAAAGACUUAUAGAUCCUAUGAACCUCACCUCAAGUUAAAAAAUCAUCAAGAAGAUUGAUUACGAUAAACAAACUAACACAAUCGUUUCUUGCAGUUCGACGCAGCGUAAGACGCGGGAAAUGAAGAAACUAUGGUGUUCUUCGUGAUAGAAGUAACGAAUUUUUCGAAAAUAAAAAAAGAAAAUAAUAAAUCCCGUGUCUGCUUUCCGAACAAUCAGCGAGAAUCGCACUCGUCGAUGACUAAGACGGCCAGAAAGUUACUUAAUAUAUAUUAUACGUAAAAAUAUACUUCGCCUCUUGGCUUUCGUUCCUCGAUGACGGAUGAUCUCCCGGAAGCUCGUUCUUUCGUGCGUUCAUCUUCGGAACGGAAGCGAGACACCAUAGAAUAUAUCCACACGUGUACACGGGAAUAUUUCUUUUUCUUAUUCCUGGAAAACGAAACACUUGGAAACGUGACUGGCACGACGAGAGACCUCGUCACGAUGACGCGAACCGAGAUCUCCGCGCGAAGAUUGUUGUUUUUCGAAUCAAAAUUUUUCAUCGUCAUGCUUCCAAGCGAUUCGUUCCUCUUUUUUACAUAAACACAACUAUCCUUCGUUCGUGAAUGUUCAAACAGCGUUUACAUUAGUCUAUUCUUGGCCGAUCGAAAUCGUUUCAAGUUUUAUGACUUUAAUCAUUUUAUUUCCAUUUCAAUUGAAUUUCAGCAUUCUAUUCUUGUUUAGAUAAUUUAAAAUCGUCUUAAAAUAAAAAAGAAGGGUAAUUUUGAAUCGAAUGAUCAAAAGUUGAUUAAAAUUCUAUUUAUAUUCAAACUUUGGUCAUCGAGCCCAAGAAUUGACAAAUAUAAAUGGUGUUGUCAUCAUUACCCGUUGAAGCGAUUCGUUGAACGAUUUCUUGUUUCUUUUCCAAGAUUUCUUAACUCCACCAGAGCGUUGUUCUUCGAAAGGGAUUUGUCGAGUUACCAGAUAUGAGAAUGAUCGUGAAAUAUUUUUCUUCGCGAAUGAAAAUGUAGGAAUACAUUGUUUACGUGAAACUCGGGUACCGUUUUCACGGGAUAUUAACACGAUUUCAGGGUAACAGGGUUGUCGAAGAAUCGCGAUCAACGAUCGCGGAAACGAAGAUUCGGUUAAUCGGAGAAACUUGCCUGUCGAAAAAUCUUCGAACUCGGAAUCUUCGUUUUCCUCUCCCUUUUCUCGCGAACAAACCGAACGAACAAUUCUAUUUUGCUGGUGAUUUAUUUAGACCGAGACGAAAGAACAGGGAAACCGUGAGGCCGUUGUUCCGUGUAAAGAAGAAAGAAAAAUAUAAUAACGAAAUGGUCAAUGGCGGUCACGAUUCAGUGAGGAUAGAUUGACGGUGAUGAGAAUAUGAAUAGAAACGAUGAUAAUUAGCCUAUGCAUAUAUUUGUGAAUAGAUAUUUAAUAAUUUAUUGUUAACUAGUGUAUUUUAUUUGAUGGAUUUCAUUAAAAACGGGGUUUUGGGUACCAAUAAUAUUGUUUCUUAUGUCGGGAGGGGAGUAAAAGAGGGACAGAGUGAAUGUGGAAGAGAGAAUGAAUGAGAAAAUGAUGAAAAAUAACGAGGGAUAAUUUCUACGUGCGCUUUUGUCAAAGAACCGAGAAGAAAAAUAAUAGAAAGAAA